CACGGCCAAGCUGUUCAAACCCCCGUGUGCUGCUCAACACUGCUCAGUCUGACAACCACAUCUCAUCGAUCAACAACUGAUCAAUAAGUAACUAUCGGAAACUAAUCGAAGACUUUUUUCCUCAGCAUGGAAGCAUCGGCGGACAAAAAUAUGGAGAGUAAACAGAAUGCCGCGAAACCGCUUCAUCUGCGCUAUUUAGUGUCUUUUCCAACCGUAGUGUGUUUGGUGUUAUCGCUGAGCUCAAUAGCGGUGUGUUUUCUCAUGGCUUUUAAAACGCAUCAGAUGGAGAGCAGGCUUCACGAGCUGGAGAUAAAGAUGACUGACAUCUGUCAAGAAUCAUCCGCCGACGUCUCUGUUUCACAGGAGCUGCGCAGAAUACAAGAGAGGCUGAAUGAAGUGCCGAAGUUGCGUGUGGCGAGAGACGUGACACCAGACUGCAACUGUCCUCCAGGUCCUCCAGGAAAACGUGGAAGGAUGGGCAGAAGAGGCGACACUGGACCCCCAGGCAAACCUGGGCGUGAUGGUUACCCGGGUCCACUUGGUCUGGAUGGCAAACCCGGUGCACCUGGACCUAAAGGAAGCCAGGGGCUGCCGGGACUAAAAGGAGAUAAGGGUGACCAAGGAGACACCGGGCCAAGGAUGGUCUUUCCUCGCUACGAUCAUGGCUACAUCUCAGCCGAUCAACCCAGUUUCCAGAGGCGUAUGCUGAAGGGUGAUCAAGGUCAAGCUGGCCCACCUGGACCUCCAGGCCCUCCUGGAGCACCAGGCGCAAGAGGGCCCCCAGGAAACACAGGGAAGGACGGCCCCCGUGGCCCUCCGGGAGAGCAAGGUGCUCCUGGACAAGAUGGAGAAGAGGGACAAAGAGGUUUACCAGGAAAUCCGGGUGAAGUUGGUGAUCAGGGUUAUCCAGGACCACAGGGACCCCCAGGGCCAAAGGGCGAGCAGGGAGAAAGAGGCUUUCAGGGUGAUGGAGGAAUCGAUGGGCUACCAGGGCUUAAGGGAGAUAAAGGAGAUGUUGGAGAACAAGGGCCUCAGGGUGAAACGGGUCACCCCGGUGAGAAAGGCAUGUCAGCAUCUGGUGACAUCAUCGACUUCAAUGGAAAACUCUUAGAUGCCUUUCAGGCCAUCAAAACCAUCAGUGUCUCGGGUCCACCUGGCCCUCCGGGACCACCAGGAAAAGAAGGUCCAAAGGGCGAACUUGGCUUACCUGGACCUGCUGGGGUCGAUGGUGAAAAGGGUGAUAAGGGAGACACUGGAGAGCCUGGUGACUCUGGAGAGAAGGGCGAGAAGGGAGAAAUGGGCCUCUCGGGUCCCUCUGGAAUGGAUGGGCAGAAAGGAGAGAAAGGAGAUUCUAUACUAGAAGACAAUCUGGUUCAGAUGAUUUCACAGCCUGGACCACCAGGACCUCCAGGUCCACCAGGACCACCUGGAUACAUGGGUCACCGUGGCAUGCCAGGCCAAAAAGGGGAUUCAGGGGAGAGUAUUAAAGGAGAGAGGGGAGAAACCGGUGCUCCAGGAACACAAGGCCUUCAGGGUAUUCAAGGACCACCAGGAACAACAGGAUUAGUUGGCCUGCCUGGAACAAAGGGUGAAAAGGGAAAGCAAGGGGAACCUGGAUUAGAUGGUUUUCCAGGUAUUAAAGGAGAUCGGGGUGAACGAGGAGAGAGAGGAGAGAAGGGGGAUCGUGGUCCUGUAGGAAAAAGAGGCCUGAAGGGGAAGAAAGGCGAGCAGGGGCCGCCGGGUCUGGAUCAGCCCUGUCCUGUGGGAGAUGAAGGAUGUAAGAAAGAGGCAGUAGAAGCGGGGUCUUCAGCUCCUGAGGCCCCCUGCCCGCUGGGUCCUGAUGGUCUUCCAAUACCAGGUUGCUGGCACAAGGAACAGGGAAUGAUCCAGAAACUCAAAAGGAAACGUCUCUCCCAGCCCUGAUGUUCUUCAAGAGCCAAACGGAGUUUUAACGACUUUACAGUCACUCGAGGUGACGACAUCUCAAUAAUAUUGGUUAAUAUUGACUGUCCUCAAUGCACAGGUGGAAUGAGGGGCGAACAAACCCUUUCUAUGGUCAAUAUUUUUCACUGAGAAUCAUAACAGAGAUGUUGGAAGAUCAGGGCUUCAUGGAUGCAGCUGCUCAGAAGGAAAGCAACAGCAGUCUAGCGUAAGACGUGGAGAUGAUUUACGGAACAGAUCAGUUUUGUUUUUGAGAAUAUUGAUGAACAGUAAUUUAUAAUGAUUUAUUUCUUAUGUUACUGUUUUAUGCGUGUGUGUUUUUUUUUAAAGCAUUUUAAACCCAUAAUCAAAAACACAACUUAAACACACAAAAACUGACUUGAGGAUGGCGAGCGUUCAUUUUUGGGAUUACAUUGAUAUUAUUAUUAUAUAUGCUGUUCGACAUUUUAUUGUAUUUCUGCGGUAACAAUUUACCGCAAGCACCCCUUUACAGUAACUUGCAUGUAAAUGUGUUUUACAGUAGCAGUAAACAGUAAAAUAAACCGUAAAAUAGCCUUACCGCAAUUUCUUUUUAAGGUGAAAUGCCCUUUACCACAUUUUUUACUUUACAAUAGGACAAUUUUACAGUAGUUUUACUGUAAUUUAUUUACAUUUUACUUCGGCAGUGCAAAACCCUUAUUUUUAGUAUUUACUAAGUUUAAUAAAUUCCAAACAAGUGACAAUUUUUUUCAUUUACUGUCUCUUUUUUGUACAGUAGCAGUACUUUGAUUACAGUAGAUUACCGCAAAUUCCUAAUAUGCAGUAAGUUACUGUAAAAGUAACUUUUUUAAUUACCCAUAAUGCAGUGCAUAUUACAGUGGUGAACUGUAAAGAAUGUAUGUGGUAUUUUACUGGGCAUAUUUACAGUAAAUAACUGUAAAAAAUUACGGCAAAUCUAACAGUGUAUUCAAGUAGUUUGAUUACGGUAGGAUAACGCAAAUUCCUAAUAUGCAGUAAGUUACUGUAAAAGUUACCUAUAAUGGAGCGCAUAUUACAGUAUUACAGUAGUGAACUGUAAAGAACUUAUGUGGUAUUUUACUGGGUGUAUUUGCAGUAAAUAACGGUAAAAUUGCAGCAAAGUCUAACUGUAAGGGAAAGUUCAUCCAAAAAAAUAAUAAUAAUAACAUUUGCUGUCUAUUUACAUAGAUUAAUAUAACAUUAAAGACGAUUUCUGACUUUGAAACUCAAGUCAGUGGCUAUUUAGAGAGUCAAAAAACCUACAGGCUAAACUAAAUUAGUGCGCAUUGCUAAUUUAGCGAUACUAUAAUUGACGGAAGUUGGUAUAUUUAUAGUAAAUGUUAAUUUUUUGGGUGAGCUAUCACUUUAAUGCAACAAAUUAUUAAAUCAGCGCAACAGUGUUAUAUAUUGUAUCCGUUCAUUUUGUUUUUCUUAAAUACUACUGCAUUUACGUUUCGUUGCUCACAUUUGUUGUGAUGCUUUGUAUGAUAUAUGUUAACUGUGACUACCUGCCCGUUGAUUUUUGAGGUCACAAUUCUCGAUACGUAUUCCAUAUAAUUGUUCGAAGUAAUUUAUGUGUUAUACUGAUGUUUGUUUAUUGAAGAUGGCGAGUUUUUGUAACCUCAGUGUCGCCAUCUGGAGGACUCAAGUUUAAAGCCGUUUUUAAAUUUGUCUGUUAUGUUUUACAGCAUGAAAGCAAAUGAAACCUUAGAGAUUCCGCUUUAUCGGUCUCAUUUUCUUUCUAAGAUUUUAACGCGGAGAAAAGACAUCCGGAAGAGAUGUUUUGGUUUUUCUUUAAAGAUGUUUUAGCAUGUUCUGCAUACAUUUCCAUUAUAGAGUUCCCGCUUUUUCAUGGGGAUUUCAAACCAUAAACAUAAGCUUUUCUCAAAUACUUAUUGUUAAUCGAAUAACCAGUGGUCAGUACUUAUAAAGGUUUUUAUUUGUAUAACAUACAUUUCAGUUACUUCUUUUAAGCCUCACGUUGGUGUUAAUUGGAUAUAUGUAGAUGUAUUGAGUGACCAAUAGGUGACUUUUAAGAAACAAAACUGAAUUUUAAGAUAAUUUUUUGGCUUAUUGACUUUUGAAUUUCCAUUUUUUUCUCCUGUACAAGAAUGUUUUAUUUUUAAAGACGUUGAAAAGUUUGCUGCUGAAUCGGUGUUUGUAUUUAAUAGUUGAUAUGGGUGAGGGAAACACUCUUACCGACGGCCUAACAGCAAGCACAUGCAUUCUAUGCUUUUGAAAGUUUUAUAAAAUAGAAAUUAAAGUUGUUACUAUAAACCUGA